AUGGCGCGCGUCUACGCCGAUGUCAACGAGCAUAUGCCUCGGUCCUAUUGGGACUAUGACAGCGUGAAUAUUUCCUGGGGUGUGCUGGAGAAUUAUGAGAUCGUUCGCAAGAUCGGCCGGGGAAAGUACUCAGAGGUGUUUGAGGGCAUCAACGUCGUCAACUACCAGAAAUGUGUCAUCAAGGUUCUCAAGCCCGUCAAGAAGAAGAAGAUCAAGCGUGAAAUCAAGAUUCUUCAAAACCUCGCCGGCGGUCCCAAUGUCGUAGCCCUGCUGGACGUUGUUCGGGACAAUCAGAGCAAGACCCCCAGUCUUGUCUUUGAAGCUGUCAACAACACUGAUUUCCGGACUCUAUACCCCCGCUUCACCGAUUACGAUGUCCGUUUCUAUGUUUACGAGCUUCUGAAAGCGCUCGAUUUCUGCCACAGCAAGGGCAUCAUGCAUCGUGAUGUGAAACCUCACAAUGUCAUGAUUGACCAUGAGAAGCGCAAGCUGCGACUAAUUGACUGGGGUCUUGCUGAAUUUUACCACAAGGGUACGGAGUAUAACGUUCGAGUUGCCUCUCGUUACUUCAAGGGCCCAGAGCUGCUGGUUGACUUCCAGGAGUAUGAUUACUCCCUCGACAUGUGGUCGCUGGGUGCUAUGUUUGCUUCCAUGAUCUUCCGCAAGGAGCCCUUUUUCCACGGAAACAGCAAUUCGGACCAACUGGUCAAAAUUGCGAAGGUCCUCGGUACCGAGGAACUUUUCGAGUAUCUGGACAAAUAUGAUAUUGAGCUGGAUGCACAGUAUGACGAGAUUCUCUCCCGCUUUCCCCGCAAGCCGUGGCCCUCGUUCAUCACUGCCGAAAACCAGCGCUUCGUCAGCGAUGAAGCCAUCGAUUUCCUUGACAAGUUGCUGCGCUACGACCAUGCUGCCCGUUUAACUGCCCAGGAAGCGAUGGCCCACCCGUACUUUGACCCCGUGCGCGCUGACGCCCGAAACAACGCCGCCGCUCAGUCCUGA